AAUUCAAAGAAUGGAAAUCCGAAAGCCAUUUGCUCAAGUUAUAGACGGGGUGCCCAGGUGCGCAGGCAUCAUUCCGGACAUGCUGCGAGAAAACCUCAAGUUCCGAGCGCAAGAGGGAGACGUGGUGCAGUCAACUUUUCCCAAGAGUGGAACACACUGGAUGAUGUACAUCGUUCAAUUGAUUGUAAGAAAGGGUGAGCCACUGGACACGCACGAAGAGUUCACGAAAGAAUACCGCUUCAUUGAAUACAUGGUGAUCAAGGACUGGAAGUCAUCCCUGCCCUUCAGGAUAUUUGCUACGCACUUGCCUCUGACUAAGGACAUCAUCACCAAAGAAGGAAGGUACAUUUACGUCGCCCGCAACCCUUGGGACGUGUGCGUUUCCAUGUACCACAUGGUGACCAACCUGAGCUCGUACGAGUACCAGGACGCUACGUUCGAUGACUUCGUCCGCGUGUUCGUAAGUGGGAACUUUGGAUACGGCGACUACUUCGAACACGUGGCGUCGGCGUACCACCUCAGGCAGGAACCUAACGUGCUAUUCGUCACUUACGAAGAAAUGAAGAAGAAUACUUGUAGCGUAGUCCUAAAAGUAGCGCACUUUCUUGGCGAGCACUAUUUGCGAGCCUUGGAAGGCGACGAAAGAGUACUGCAUAAUUUGCUCGAAAAAAUGAAGCCGGAGCGCAUGCGAAGUGUUAUGGUCGUGGACCUUCAGAGAAAUCCCAACCCUCACUGGAGAAAAGUAUUGAAUCGAUCCAAGGUGACUUGUAAGGAGGGCUUCGAAGGAGACGAAACGAAAUACGGCAUUGUGCGAAAAGCAAAAGUCGGAAGCUGGAAAGAGCAUUUCACACCAGAACUGCUUCGGUGCAUGGAAGCUAGAAUUAUUGAGGCCGAGAAGGCGACGUCUUUUAUGGAUCUCUGGAAGGAUGUCAGAGCGGAGGCGUUAAAGUUGUCUCAGAAGAAUGGCUGAAUAGGGAAAGUUUGAGCGACUCUCAGGGAAGAUCGUGGAAGUACGCAUGUCUUCUACUUAACUAGAAAUAAAAAUGGUCAUAUACAUAUC